GAUAAAUGAAAACUGUAAACAUGUUUGGCUAUUUUAGGCAGUUAAUAAAUAGUUAUUUUAAUGUAGUACCCUUUGUAAAUCACUAGCUACGUCACGUGCAUGUAGGGUAUUUUUUUCUUCACCCAGGCAGUUUUUUUUUCUGUAACACAUUUGGCUUUCGGCAUCCUUGUGCGCAUGUGUGGCGUUAACAAACCCGAGCGCGCGGCGGUACACCUGUUGAGGCCUCUUAUAAUCAGACGACCUGCAGCCAUGGAUCCUUCAACCAGCAGACACGAAGCAAGCACGCCAGAGCACUACAUCCCCCAGUCCUCCUCUGCAGCAGCAACAGAAGGAGGUGGAGGUGUGUAUCUGGAUGCCUAUGAAGGCUCCUUCCCUCUGGAAGAGAGAGCGGAGCACCCAACUUCCUAUCAUAUAAACCAGAACCAGCAGAUGAUCGAAGAACCAGUGGUGCAGGAGCCUCCUCAUCCUCAGUACAGCCACUUCAUCCUGGUUUCUAACCUGCGUGCUCACCUGUACGUCUCCCUGGAGAAGAACGCCUGGCUGCAGAAGCGUAUCGAGGAGCUAGAGGAGGAGAGGAACUUCCUGCGCUGUCAGCUGGACCGCUUUAUCAUCAGCAUGAGGGGCCCGGAUGUGAAUGAGUGGUGCGGAGAUGUCCAGCGUGUGAAGGUUCAGCCUGCCAGUUCUCCGUCUCCUCCUUCCCCCAUGACCACCCGGUCUGGUAUGACCCUCAAGCGCAUCCAAGGCUCAGGACCUCGGAGCCGCCGGAGCAUCGCGGUCCCAGUCAAGCAGGAGUUUCAUGUGGAAGAGGACUACACUGAGGAUGAGUAUGUGGAGGAAGAGGAAGAAGAGGAGGAAGACGAGGAGGACGACUCAUCUGUGGAGAAGGGGACAAAGAAGAAGGGUAAAGGGCGAGGCAAUGGAGAGCCGAGGAUGAAGAUGAGGAGGAUCUUCAGGAUCACACACGGCAGGGAGAGACAACGAGUCAAAGACCCAGAUGGAGUCCUGAUUCGUUAUAAGAAGAUCCUGUCCACCUACCAGCGUGUGAGGAGCAUGUCGCGAGCCUUUCAGAUCCACGGAGUGGACCGGAACACGAUGGCCUCCACCUCUCCGAUCGCAGAGCUGCUGCUGGUGGCUCCAGAGAAGGUGACAGAUGUUGGAGAGUUUGAGGCGUCGAAGGAGAAGCUUCUGGAUUACGCCCGGCGCUGCUACAAGACCAUGGAUGACGAAACUCACGUCAAGGUCCAGAACCUGAAGAAGACCCACAAGCUGCUUCCAAUCUCCUACAGGUUCAGAAACUGAUUAUGAGUGAAGGAAGAUCAAAACUGUGAGCUUUUUGUUUUCUAGAUGCACGUUUCUGUAGGUGUCAGAGCGAUCUAAAAUCUAAAAAAAAAAGUUGUGUUUUUAUUGGAUGAAGAAUUUUUUCUUUGUGUUUUGUUCUAUUUCUGAUUUGUAUGCAUGUUCAAAUUCAAACCAUGACAUAUAUAUGUUUUGUUUAAGAGAGAUUUGCUGCUGUAUUUAAGUUAACGUCAUGAGAAUAGUUGUUAUUGCUUUUGGGAGUUUUUGAUGGCAGAUAAAAAUUGGCACAAAGUGUAAAAAGAUAAAUGCUGCUAGCCCGUUUUUGUUAGUCGUUAUUGUUGUAUAGAUCCAUUUCUAUCAAAAUGUUAAUAAAACACAUAUUAAGCAUG